AAUUUAAAUCCAAUAAUCUCUCUCCUGCGUUGACCUCGUCGUAGCAUAUGCCUGCUUCUUCGUACGAGUGUAGCAUAUCCAUUGCAGCGCCUAGCUAGCUAGGCUGAUCGAACGAUGGAGAUGACGAGCAGUGGUGCUGGUGCCGUCACGACAAAGCUGGACGUCGACGACGACUAUCCUAUGGCGGCAACGGCGGAGCCGCCGUGUCCACCGGCGACGGAGAGGAAGAGGUGCCGCCGCCGCCAUGUGGUGGUCGUCGCCAGCCUGGUGACGCUACCCCUCCUCGCCUUCUUCGUCCUCCGACGAGAGAGAUCGUCAACGGCCUGGCUGCAGACCGCUAUUGCCAAGCUCACCGCCAUGAACGACGACGACGGAGGAGCAGGGUUUAUGGACGCCGAUGAUCCACCACAUGGCGGCGGCGGCCACAACAACGAGCUCCUCGGCGGUCUUCUGCCGCCGGGCAUGGACCGGCGGUCGUGCCGGAGCCGGUACCAGUCAUCAUGGUACUACAAGCACUUCCCCUUCGCGCCGUCGCGGCACCUCCUGGAGAAGCUGCGCGCGUACGAGGCCCGGCACAGGCGGUGCGCCCCCGGCACGCCGCAGUACGCCAGGUCCAUCGAGCAGCUCCGGUCUGGCCGCAGCGCCGCCGCCGCCGAGGGCGGCAUGGAGGAGUGUCGCUACGUCGUCUGGCUCCCCUUCGACGGCCUCGGCAACCGCAUGCUGUCCAUGGUGAGCGCCUUCCUCUACGCGCUGCUCACUGACCGCGUCCUCCUCGCCGCCCUGCCGCCGGACUCCGCCGCCCUCUUCUGCGAGCCGUUCCCCGGCGCGACGUGGCGGCUCCCGGCAGACGACGACUUCCCCGUCGCCAACCUGUUCCGGGUCGGCCAGGACAUGGAGCAGUCGUACACGAGGCUCGUCGUUGACAAGAAGGUCGGACUCGGACCGCCGCCGGCUGCGAACGCGACGGCGACGGCGACGACGACGACCGUGCCUCCGUCGUACGUGUACCUGAGCCUAGGGUGGCUGCUCAGGGACGGGAUCUUCUUCUGCGGCGAGCACCAGCGCGUGCUCGGCAAGAUCAACUGGCUGCUCCUGUACAGCGACCUCUACUUCGCGCCAUCGCUGUACGCGGUGGCGGAGUUCCACGACGAGCUCCGGCGGCUGUUCCCGGAGAAGGAGAGCGUGCACCACCUCCUGUCCCGGUACCUGCUCCACCCGGCCAACCCCGUGUGGAGCUUGGUCACCAGGUACUACCGCUCCUACCUUGCUCCGGCGACGCGGAGGAUCGGCGUGCAGGUCAGGAUGUUCGGCUUCGCCUCCAUCCCGGCCGACGACAUGUACGACCAGAUCCUCAAUUGCUCCCGGCAGGAGCACAUACUCCCGGAAACCGACGAGGCCGCGACGCCUACGGCGGCGGCGACCGGCGGCGGCCAUGGCAACAGCUCCAACAACAACUCCACGGCCAUCUUCGUCGCGUCGCUGUACGCCGACUACUACAAGAGGCUGAGGUCGAGGUACUCUGCGCCGCGCAUGGGCAUGGCUAAGGGCGGCGGCGGCGGCGGCUCGACGUCGACGUCGACGAGGAGGGUGGGCGUGUUCCAGCGGACGCACGAGGAGCGGCAGGCGACGGAGAACCUGGCGCACAACCAGAGAGCGCUGGCGGAGAUCUACCUGCUCAGCUUCUCCGAGGAGCUGAUCACGUCGGGGCUAUCCACGUUCGGGUACGUGAGCAGCAGCCUCGCCGGCGUCCGGCCGGCGAUCCUGCUCACCGCGUUCGACCACAAGGUCCCCGAGACACCGUGCCGGCGAGCCGUGUCCGUGGAGCCGUGCAACCUCACGCCGCCCCGGGGCCUCGAGUGCCAGGGCAAGCCCGUGGACAAGGAGGACCUGGCACGCCAUGUCAGGGUCUGCGAGGAUUUCAAGAAUGGGGUCAAGUUUUUUGACUAGGCGAUCCACGUGGCGCUGUUAAUUUACCCUUGCUACGAUAGCGCGUACUAGUAUGUAGGAAAUUCAAAUUACUGUACAUCCUCAUGCACAAUUGAUAACAUACGACUGGAAGUAUUUUUCCACAUUAAAACUUCAAAAUUACUUUUCUCUU